ACUUCGUAAAUUCCUCUUUUUUUUUGUUUCCUUCGAUUCUGCAAGAUCGAACCUGGGUCUGUAAAAUUUUAGGCAUGGGUUCGAUCAACUGGGAGGACGAAUCUUACUCCGUCUAUGAAGAUUUUGCUGCUCUUCCCUUCUUCGUUCUGUUCUUUCCAACGAUACGCUUCGUUCUUGACAGAUUCGUCUUCGAGAAAGUAGCAAGACGACUCAUUCUUGGGAAGGGGCAUCAUAUGCUGGAUGUUGAGACACAAGAGAGGAGGCAUAAGCUCAAUAAAUUCAAGGAAUCAGCAUGGAAAUGUAUUUAUUAUCUUUCAGCCGAGAUAUUGGCUCUAUCUCUCACAUACAAUGAACCCUGGUUCACUAAUACCAAAUAUUUCUGGGUGGGGCCAGGAGAUCAGGUCUGGCCUGAUCAAAAGAUCAAAUUGAAAUUGAAGGGAUUGUAUAUGUAUGCUGCUGGAUUCUACACAUACUCCAUAUUUGCUCUGAUUUUCUGGGAAACAAGGCGUGCAGACUUUGGGGUGUCAAUGGGUCAUCAUGUAGCAACACUGAUUCUUAUUAUUUUAUCUUACAUACUCAGGUUUGCUCGUGUUGGAUCAGUUGUUCUAGCUUUGCAUGAUGCAAGUGACGUGUUUCUGGAAGUCGGGAAGAUGUCCAAGUACACUAAAUGUGAAACGCUUGCUAGCUUUUCAUUCAUUCUUUUUGUUUUGUCAUGGAUCAUACUUCGUCUCAUCUACUACCCAUUCUGGGUCCUUUGGAGUACAAGCUAUGAAGUUCUUCUGACUCUAGACAAGGAAGCAUACAAGGCUAAUGGCCCCAUAUACUAUUAUGUGUUUAAUAUCCUCCUAUUUUGUUUGCUCGUUCUUCACAUUUAUUGGUGGAUGUUGAUCUAUCGAAUGCUUGUAAAACAAAUCCAAGCGAGAGGCCGGGUUAGUGAAGAUGUUCGAUCUGAUUCUGAAGGUGAAGAUGAGCAUGAAGAUUGAUCUUCAUUCAAUAUUGACAAACUACACGUGUGCCACAGAUAAUUAUCCAUUUUUUGCAUCGCAAUAGUGAGUUUGGUUUAUUAAAAAAUCCUUGCGAUGAAAGAAGCCCUUCACAUUUGAAGUGAGUGAUCUAAUAGAGCAAGCUAUGGAGUGAGUUAGGGUGGAAGUUAACCAUUGUGAGAUUAUUCAUUGUUGGAAUCAUGGACCACUCCAUUUACCACCAGUUCUCAUUGCUGGGUAACAAAUAACUAAUUGUAAAGAAGUUCUAAGGCUUGAUGCUGUGAUAUUUUCCUAAAUUAUUUUCAAGCCAAGCCCAAC